AUCAACAAAUUCUUUCCCUCUCUUUCGUUGCUUGCUUCCCGACCAAGUUUUGUAGCUUCCUCUCCUCGCCCAAAAGCCAAGGAUUAUUCCAAGCUUCCAACGCCAUCGCAGCCGAGUCGCCGGACAAACACAGCCUUGGAAACCCAAGAGCCGCACCUACGCGCAGAUUACACAAAACCUCGCCCGCGUCUGCAAUGGCGGAGGCGGGUACGGCUCCAGCGCAACGGCAAACUAGAUUAGCUAGUAGCGAUGUCUCCGCAAGAUUGCAGCGGGUUCUUGAGCUGCUGUUCCCGUCCAACCUCGCCGCGAAGGCCGCGCUGUUCGCGGUCGUGGUGGCGCUGCUGCCGCUGCUGCCGUCGAGCCAGGCCCCCAGGAUCUGGGAGCUGCCUCACCUCCUCCUGCUCGGCAUCAUCAUCGCAUACGGCGUCUUCGGCCAGAAGAACGCCGACGCCGAGGUGGACGCGGUGGCUGCCAAGCCCGUCGAUGACGAGUCGUCGGUUGAGGCCUACGUCUCACAGAUGAUGCAAGGCUCGCUUGUCUUCGAAGAAAACGACCGCGACGGCGGUGGCGCUAAGGACGGCGUCCAGGCUUGGAGCUCUCAGUACCUCCCACACGACCCCCUCAUCGUCGUUGCCGACACUGGGGGCAACAACGACAAGGGCGACGCGGGCGAGAAGCCGCGCCUCCUGCCAGUGAGGAAGCUGAAGCCGGCAGACGAAGAGUCGGCGACACGAACAGGGGAUAUCAGCGACGGCAUUGAGGAGGCCGGAUUCCUUGCUCCCAAGGCAGCAGGGUACGACGGCGUCCGCGAGCAUGCCAUCCCUUCGCCGUCCUCUGUCCUCGACGCCGACCUGACCCUCUCGCCAAGCUCUCCGCCUCUGCUCCCGCCUCCUCCACCACCGCCACCGCCGUCGUUUCUUGGCCAUGGGCGCAGCCUCCGGAAGGCCAAGGCAAGAAGCUUCAAUGAAUUUGGAGUCGGCAACCGGAGCAUGAGCGGAAGGAUGGGCUUGCACAGCGUGGGCAAUAAGCAGCUCCGGUCCAAAUCAGCAGUACAAGCGACGACGAGUACUUUCGCCGGCUACGGUCCUGCCGUGUCAAUCGACGACGAAGCGGUUGAUAAUGGCGAGUUUGAUGAGAUGGUUGCAGAGUCAGACAGCUCGUUCAGCAGCGACAUGACCACUGACGACGACGAUUACAACGACCCGGAGGAGAACAUCUGCGAAGAGGAGGAGGAGGAGGAGGACGGCAACUCCUGCGACGAGGAGUUGUUUGAGCUUGCGACGAGACCGAGCCCGGAGGAGGUGGAGGAUGAGGUGGACAGGAAGGCUGACGAGUUCAUAGCCAAGUUUAGGGAGCAGCUGAUUAGGAUGCAGAGGGUCAAGCCAGCCACGAGAUGACCAAACACGGGGCCACGCAAUACGUUCGAAGAAGUGUUACCGCUGCCUCAUUGCCAGCUCCGUGGUACGACUCCGAGUCCACGUGUAAUGCGGUGCUUUUUUAUGUUUCUUCUUCCUUUUUCUAUUCUGAGCUUCUGAUGUAAUUAGAGCCUAAACAAAUGGUGUAAACAAAGUGAGCCAGGGCUUA